UGUCGUAUUGCUUGGUGGCUCCUCUGCGCUACGUCCUCAUCCUCUUCAUCCUCCUCAGUUGAAAUUUGGCCCAGGCUGGCCGGGCCCCUGCCCUCCCACCCCACACGCAUCCUGGCUCCCCGCGCAUCGCACUGACGUCAAGCGACACCUCCCAGUUUGUUGCGGAUGUUCGCCGCCGGAGGGGGUCGCCACACAGUUUUUCUUAGGAGCGAUGGCAUUGCAGUGGCCUGCGGCCUGAACAGCGAGGGCCAGUGCGACAUCCCUGCGCUGGACGCGUCUCUGACCUACGCGCAUGUUGCCACUGGACCUCGACAUACAGCGCUGCUGAGAAGCGAUGGAACCGCCGUGGCCUGCGGUCGGAAUGCUUAUGGCCAGUGCGACAUCCCUGUGCUGGUCGCCGGCCUUGCCUACACGCAGGUUGCAGCUGGAUCGCGCCACACAGUCCUGCUUAAGAGCGAUGGCACAGUUGUGGCCUGCGGUUCGAACGGUGACGGUCAGUGCAGCAUCCCUGCGCUGGUCGCCGAUCUGACCUACACGCAGGUUUCCGCUGGAGUGCGCCACACAGCGCUUCUCAGGAGCGAUGGAGUUGCCGUGGCUUGCGGCCUGAAUCGUUACGGUCAGUGCGACCUCCUUGCGCUGGUCACCGAUCUGACCUAUACACGAGUUGCCGCUGGAAUGCGCCACACGGUCCUGAUCAGCAGCAGAGGCACCGCCGUGGCUUGCGGGUGGAAUGGUGAUGGUCAGUGCGACAUUCCUGAGUUGGUGGAUGGCUUAAUUUACACGCAAGUUGCUGCUGGAGAGGGCCACACAGUGCUUCUCAGGAGUGAUGGCACUGCCGUGGCCUGCGGCUUGAAUGAUCACGGUCAAUGCGACCUCCCUUCGCUGGUUACGGAGUUGACCUACGUACAAAUUGUCGCUGGGUUGCGACACUCAGUCCUACUUAGGAGCGAUGGUACCGCCGUUGCAUGCGGCCUGGAUCGUGAUGGUCCGUGCGACCUCCCUGCACUGGUGGCCGACCUCACUUACAGAGGUGACCUGUCUCAAAAGUGGGUUUCGCAGUCGUCACCCGACGGCGAGGGUAUCGUCGCAGACGCGCCUGAGGCAGUCGAGCGGCCUGACUUCUCAGGCUCUUGGCAGUGCACCCGUGUGGAAGGCGACAUGCCUGCGCUUCUUGUAGAAGUGGGCGUGUCGCAUCUCAUGCGCGAGGCAGCCAGGAUCGCCCGAUACGGAGCAGGACACCAGCUGCAAAUGAUCACUCAGGAUGGCGACAAUUUCACUGUGGUCGAUCAGAUGAAGACGACCGUCACAAUGACGUGUCAAAUUGGUCGUGGCCCCCAGGUAUCUUGUGAUUUGGAGGGCAGGCCAGUACACGUUACGCCGACGUGGGACGGUCAGACGCUCUGCAUCGAAACGACAAAUGAAAAGGGAGAGCUCUUUGCGACCAGCCGGCGGUUCUACGAGGGAGACGAGAUGGUGUUGGAGCUCACGUCCCCCGCGGGCAACGUUACGAGACGCAUCUUCAUCCAACAAGGUUCGCCGAGGCCCACGCUGUCAAUGAGGUCGAUACGGCAAGCGGUAGGAUCCUUCUAGAUAUGGACGGAGGCUACAUUUCUGAGAGUGGAGGUAGCCCAAGUCACGACCAGGAGGGUGUGCGCGUGUGUGCUCCAGGCCCGUGCGCUGCAGCCACCAAGGCAGGGUCACUCGCGGCAGACUCCCGCCACACUGUUGCUAAUUUCGGGAGGAAAAGAAACACACAGACACAAUUAAUCUUCGAUUCCCCAGAAAAUAUGGGAAAAA